AUGCCUACUUAUUCCAAGUUCAUGAAGGACAUCAUUUCGAAGAGGCGUACUGCCGACACCAACCUGAUUAUUCUAACCAAAACUUGUAGUGCUAUUUUACAGGGUAUGAAGAUUCCGAUAAAGAAGAAAGAUCGAGGAGCUGUCACCAUCCCGUGUACUAUUGGAGAUAGGUCAUUCAAAAAAGCUCUUAUUAAUCUGGGAGCUAGUGUGAGUCUCAUGCCGUUAGCCAUUUAUAAUAAACAUGGUAUAGGGGCUGUGCAAGAUACCAGGAUGACACUCCAUUUCGCUGAUCAUUCGGUCAAGAAACUGUGUGGUAUUGUUGAAGAUGUUCUGGUGAAAAUUGAAAAGUUUGUAUUUCCGGUGGAUUUUGUAAUUCUUGAAAUGCUUGAAGAUGAAGAGAUCCUUAUCAUUCUUGGGAUACCCUUUUUAGAAACGGGAAGGUGCUUGAUCAACAUAAAAGAAGGGACUAUGACGUUGAAGGUUUAUGAUGAGGAAUUGAAAAUUGGUGUUCGAAACACCAUGAGGUACAAGGAUGAUAUUUGUACCAGACAUACUAUAUAG